AUGUCUGGACCCGCGAGCAACCUGCGCGCGCGCAAGGUCGAGUCGAACGGUAACGGCAAGGCCGCGGCCAACGGCAACGGCUUGUCGAACGGCAAUGGCAACGGCCACGCUGCCCCCGCCGAGUCGGAGGGCAAGUCGCGCGCGGUGCGCCACGGCGCCAUCCCGACGGCGUACGGACAGCAGAUGGACAAGAAGCUCGACGAGCACGAGAGCUACGAGUUUGGCGGGCCCGUCGGCGUGACGGCCAUGAUGGUCGGCUUCCCCAUCCUCAUGUACUACCUGUGGAUCUGCCUGUGGUACUAUGACGGCGCGCUCGUGCACCCUCGCUCGCUCGACGACAUCCGCCCCUUCCUCGAGCGCAUGUGGGCGCACGCGUACGAGGGAGCGUACCCCACCAAGUUUGCCUGGGGCACGUACCUCGGCCUGACGGCCAUCCAGCUCACGUUUGCGUGGGUCCUCCCCGGCAUGAUGCAGUGGGGCCUGCCGGUCCCCUCGCUCGGCUACGAGACGCUGCUGUACAAGUGCAACGCGCUCGCGUCGUGGUACUGCACGCUCGUGCUCGCCGCCGUCCUCCACCUCACGGGCGUCUACCGCCUCCCCUGGAUCAUUGAGAACUACGGCCCGAUCAUGACGGUCGCGAUCAUCACCAGCUUCACCGUCUCGGCCACGAUCGACAUCCUCGGCCGCACAGCCCACUACGGCGGCAAGCCCCUCCGCAUGUCGGGCGUGCUCGUCUACGACCACUUCAUGGGCGUGUCGCUCAACCCCCGCCUCGGCCCCAUCGACCUCAAGAUGUUCGCCGAGGUCCGCGUCCCCUGGGUGCUGCUCUUCCUCAUCUCGCUGUCCGGCGUCGUCAAGCAGUACGAGGACCUCGGCUACCUCACCUACAACAUGUUCCACAUGCUGCUCGCCACCGGCCUGUACAUGAACGCAUGCGCCAAGGGCGAGCAGAUGAUCCCCCAGACCUGGGACAUGUUCCACGAGAAGUUUGGCUGGAUGCUCAUCUUCUGGAACAUGGCCGGCGUCCCCUUCACCUACUGCUACCCGACCAUCUACAUGACGCGCUCCAGCCCCGACACGUACCGCUUCCCCUGGUGGGGCAACGUGCUCAUGUUUGUCACGCUCCUCACGUGCUACUACAUUUUCGACACGUCGAUGAGCCAGAAGUCGGCCUUCAAGAUGCAGCAGCAGGGCGAGUACAAGCCCCGCAAGGCCUUCCCCCAGCUCCCCUGGGCCGAGGUCAAGGACCCCGAGUUUAUCCAGACCAAGCACGGCAACAAGCUCCUCAUCUCGGGCUGGUGGCAGUUUGCCCGCAAGAUCAACUACACGGCCGACUGGUUCCAGGCGCUCACCUGGGGCCUCACUGCCGGCUUCAACACCCCCAUCACCCUCUUCUACCCCAUCUUCUUCCUCGCUGUCCUCACCCACCGCUGCGGCCGUGACUUUGAGAAGUGCGAGCGCAAGUAUGGCGAGGACUGGGUCGCCUACUGCAAGGUCGUCAAGUGGAGGUUUAUCCCCUACGUCUACUAA